AUGGUGUAUGCGAUGACAAAUGCUCUGAUGCCACCGAAAUGCGCGCGAAAGGAUGUGCCCUACCGUUUUAUCGAUAUAUUGACGACGAACCUUACUACUGCGCCAAUGCCGUUACACUCAACUCCUCGGGCGACCUCAGCUGUCACGCUUGUUUGGAACAAGGCCGCGCUCGCAAAUUACACUUUGAGCGAUAAUAACUCGAAAUCAACUUCAAACUCAAACUCAUCAAGUUCGGACUCGGCUUCGAAUUCAAACGGAACGCUGAACAACAAGAACGAGAAUUCAAAGGAUAACAACGACGUGGCGAUCGGAGCUGGGGUGGGAGUCCCUUUAGGAGUCUUGCCUCUCACUGCGCUGGGAUGGGCGUUGUACGAACGAAAGAAGCGUCACUCUCUCCAGGCUUUAGUGGCCGGAAUACAUUCUCAGGCGGCUGUGACAAAGUUAAAUACCCAGGGGAAUACACCGAUAUAUACUCCACUUCGUGAGCUCCCAGAUACCCAGAAACCACCUCAGGAGCUGCCUACAAGUGAAAGUCGGGUAUGA